CGGGAUCGCGCCCGCGAUUCACCAACCUCUGAUAGGCUGUCCGGUAUAAGAGUUUGCCCCGGUGAUACCUAGAUGGUAUUUGAAUACCAACAGACGCUCACAAGUAUCAUGCAUUGAACAAUGCGGCUACCCCCACGCUGCCCAUCGGGUGCGUUGGGAGUAUCUCAGUGAUCUGCUCAUGACAACUGGUGACCCAAGAUGCUGCAACGCCACAACCCAAGUCGUACUUUAUCGAGGCCAAGAGCACGCAGCUGUGUCAGUCAAUAGUGUAAGAACUAUUCCAACCAACGCCGAGGGCGUGCAGAUGAAGCGGGGAUCCUCGGGAACGGCUACGCCAUGCAUCUGAUGGUUUCCAAUCCUUCGAAAUGCGUAACAAGGUGAGCUUAUCAACCUACCUACCUAGAUUCUACCCCUCAUCCACUGGUUCUGUCACAUGGCCUGCAUCUUCGCAGCAGUCUUGAACUCUAUAGGCGGCUCGAACCUAGGACGCUGAGGUAUAAGAUAAUGCUGCAAAGAAAUGCGCAGGUUCUGUUGCACUUUUACAAUCUGUCAGAUGGCCACAUCCUGAAAUCGCUCGCAAGAUGGCAAGUUCAUCCCAUGACUCGGGCGUCUACCUAGAGCCCUUUUUUGAUCGCUGCAAUUUACCGGCAACAGUGAAAGUAGACUGCGAUGCUUUCGCCAGCUCGCGUUAUUUAGGCCCUAUUCAGCCGGCACCUUUCCAGGGUUAUUGCUCGUAUACCUUGUUUGCAGACGAAGAGACUGUGGUGCAAUUCCGCCCAUCCGCAUACAAACUAGACAUUAAUAUGACGAAUACGGCCAGCGAUGUCUUCAAAACCCUGGCCCCAGAGACAGAGUAUCUUGGACAGCUCGCAGGGACUGAUCUGCAUGUGUUUUCUAUGAGGAGACUUCCGGGUAUAUCCCUUGCGGACUAUCGAGCAAUGUCAUGUAAGAGGUCGGCGCGGGAACAACUAGUGCGAGACUUCGCCCAGCUCCAAGUGCUAGCAUUGCGAAACGCAAGGCCAGCUGAGAGUCUGCAAGACGAAAAGCGUACAGUGGGAUCUAGCCUUACAUUACGUUUAGUGUCUAUGAGUGCCUCACUUCCCCAAGGUUUCCGUCAAACUGCCUCUUCCAUUCUCGGCGAAAUAUCUGGAAUCGAGGCCUUACCGUGGGUUUUUACUCAUGGCGACUUCUUAGCCGCAAAUAUAAUGGUGAAUGCAUGCUCUGGAGAGCUGACUGGCUUGUUAGAUUGGGCUGAAUCUGAAUGGUUACCAUUCGGGGUCGGAAUGUACGGGCUUGAGGAGCUUCUGGGCGAAGAUGACAAGAACGGUCGAUUCGUGUACUACCCAGAAGCUGGGCACCUCAGGAAAAUAUUCUGGAAUCAUCUCAUGCUGUUGAUUCCGGAUAAUGUUCGCGACUCCAAGACCGUUGCCCUUGUGAAAAAAGCACAGAUACUUGGUGUUCUCUUGUGGCACGGUAUCGCUUUCGACGACGGAAAGCUCAAUCGUGUCGUAGAAGAAGGGAAGGAUGACCGAGAGAUUCAAAGACUAAGCGUCUUCCUGUCAUGUAUGUCGAGUACGCGACAGUCUAAGCUACUGGAGAUCGGCUCAUCCGUGACCUCUCGGCUUCGUCUCAUCCGCCGCCAUCUUCUGAGGAAAGUGUAAAGGUAUUUAGUCCUGUCUACUCAGCUGAUAUGUGUGACUAAGGAGAAUGAGAAUUAGGUAUAAUGUAUUGAAAUCCAAAUCUUCAACGACCUACCUCUGUCGAAUCCUAUGGGCGAACUGGUACGCAUCGCCUGACAAUCGCCGACACCCCCUAACGACCCCUCUUCAUCAUCACUUAAUAUUCCAUAUUCUAUGAUCUCUCGUUUGCCAACACACGCCUUUAAUCUUAGUAUUAGCACACCUAUCGGGCUUCUAUGCGUCUGCGCCACCCUUGAUACGAGGCGCUUUUCUCAUGGUAUUUCAUGCAUAUUACUACCCUUCUUCAACCUCACAACCUGGAUCUUUCUACCCGCGGGAACUAUAAUGAAAUCAUGCAUACUUCUAC